CGGCGGCGGGGGCGUGAAACUGCGGUAGCUGCCCACUGGGCUGGUGGUGUAGCUUUGUGGGAAAGGCUUAGUUCUUAAAGCCCUCUCCGGGCAGCGGCCGGGGCUCGGGGUUGAGAGCGGCCGUGGGGUCGCCUCCCCGGGCCCCCUGGCUCCGCCAUGCUCCGCAGGGCACGCCUUAGUGUGAAGCCCAAUGUCAGGCCUGGAGCAGGCGCCAGGGGCUCCACCGCCCCCAAUCCACAGCGUGAACGAGAGGCUCCCAGGCUGCCGGAGCCUGCAGUGGCCUCUGUCCCGAAGCCAGCGGAAUCCACAGAUGUGCCCCCGGUGGAUUGCGGGGAAGCGGAGCCCCGAGAAAAGACUCCCAAGAGCAGUGAUGAAAAGACUGAUGGUGGGAAGGAUGUUGAAGAAUCCAGUAAAUCUUCCUCUACCAUUUCACAGAGAAGAAAGCAAGUAUCAAGUACUUUUAGUCUGGUUAAACCUAGUGUCAGCGUUCCUUCAGAACCUCAUCCUUUAUCUACAGUUAAUCAAGAAGCUCCACAGCCAAACCCUGUUCCAACAAAAGAGAAACAGCCAUGCUCAGACAGAUACCGGAUAUAUAAAGCCCAGAAACUGAGAGAAAUGUUAAAAGAAGAAUUGAGGAAAGAGAAGAAGCAAUGGAAAAACAAAUAUGCUGUAAAUGAAAGUCAGAGGCCACCAGAUGGUUCCAAAAUGACUAUGAGAGACUUCAUAUAUUACCUGCCAGAUAACAAUCCAAUGACUUCUUCACUGGAGCAAGAAAAGAAAACUGAAAAAUCAUUGACACCAGUCCAGACAAGAGAGCAAGAAGGUAAGAGUACUCCUGAUGGUGAAGAUAAUGAAGAAAUAGAAGAGGAGAUGGAUGAUGGGCCAUUGCUGGUUCCUCGAGUAAAAGUGGCAGAAGAUGGUUCUAUUAUUUUGGAUGAAGAAAGUUUAACUGUAGAAGUUUUAAGGACGAAAGGCCCCUGUGUUGUUGAGGAAAAAGACUCCAUAUUUGAGCGUGGUUCUACUACUACGUACUCCAGCUUGAGGAAAAACUAUUACUCGAAACCAUGGUCAAAUAAAGAAACAGAUAUGUUUUUUUUGGCCAUCAGCAUGGUAGGAACUGAAUUUUCUAUGAUUGGACAGCUUUUUCCUCACAGAGCAAGGAUAGAAAUUAAGGUAAAGUAA